CGUCCCUCCACUUCCACUCAAGAUACACCCUUGCGUACACACACACUGGCAACCGGACAAAAUGAUCCCUCUGCCGCUGGCAUGGACACUGUUGACAGUAUCACUGUGGACAUCAGGUUCGAGCCAGAUCCUGCAACAAGAAACCGUCAACGUUCUUUAUCCUAAAAUCCACAGUACAGAGGUUAUUGAGUGUGACUGCCUUAACAUCUCCUGUGACUCUGUCUACUGGUUCCGCAGUAUCUCCAGCCAGAUCAUACUACAGUACCUAGGCAAAUGCAACAAUGCGGACCGUGCUACUUAUCCGAAUGGUGUGGAAGAAGCACGGUUCAGAUUUAGCAAGAAGAGCACGUCCUUUAUGCUACGUAUCAUCAAUGUGACAGAAGAGGACACAGGGAUUUAUUCAUGUGUUCUCAAGGACAGGAAAAACACAGAAAUGUGGAAGCCUGGGAUUCAUCUUCGGCCGGGAGUGGUCCCUCCAACACCACCUCCUAAGACAAAAAACAAACCACCGGCCAACUCAGUCUGUCGCUGCUCUAAGAAGUCAUCUUCACAGGAUGGCUGCGGCUACCUGAUUCUGUGGCCAUUGGUUGGACUUAUUGCGGCCCUGGCUCUAGCUCUCAUCUGCAUUCUGUACUACUUCAGCCGACUUCCCAAAAAAUGUCGACACCACUUUGUGAAGAAGAGGUAGAUGACCUAAAACUCUGUGUCUAAAGCUUAUUUUCCACUCAAGUGGCUGAAGUGUUUCACUCGAGCCAAUGUCCAGUGGAGUAUGAAGGACAUGAUUCUUCCUGGAGAUCUGCUCUGCCAACAACAUGAAAUGUUUAUGUACUAUGCAGUGUGUGCUCAGUCAGAGAAGAGCUUUAUGUUUUCAGCAGCAGCAAACAUGUAACAUAUUGUGAUAUAUUGACUGGUUUUUGUUAUAUUACAAGAUAGCCCCAGUGCUCCACCAAGUUCUGAGUUUUUUUUUUGUCAAUAGUCAAUAUGCAGAUGACAUUAUCAUUUAUGCAGGUGCUUUUUCGAUUCAGCAUGUUUGUGAUCAGUACCUUUGGUUUAUAGGUUAUUAUUAAAUCAGGACAAAACAGCAGUGUUUUUUUCAGUAAGCCCAAACCUCAUUCACGUAUUUACAUACAAAAAGCACCUCAAAACAGCUGAAUGAAAUAUAGUAUUAGCUCAUUUGCUUUUUGGCGCUCUUCCAUAUUUAUUCGGGUUUUUCUCUUUCACAGUAUUUUUAAGCAUUUUGUUUACACAUCUAUCUUGAAGAAAACAGCCUUGUCAAGUUGAUUUGUUGGUGAGCAUCAAUAAAAUUGUAUAUUUCCAAUCA